UCAGAGUCAUCAGUCUCCCUCUUCACCCCCUAAUCCCUAUCCGCGGCCGCUUAACCAACCCCGCACGGGUCGCGGACCUGGUUUCCUCCUCCUCCUCCGGCGGCCGCCGCGUUGCAGAGGCCUUGCGCCAUGAAGGGCGGGGAGCUCCUGGUCCUGCUGCUGGCCUCGUCCCUCUGCCUGUCCGCCGCGGUUGCCGCGCAGGAAACCUGCCCGGCCGACAUCGGUGCCAAGUGCGCCGAUGCCGCCUCCGAUGAUUGGGAGGGCGAGUUCUUCCCCGGCAUUGCCAAGAUCAACUAUGAGGGUCCUACCAGCAAGAAGCCGCUUUCUUACAAGUGGUAUAACGCGGAGGAAGUGAUCCUCGGAAAGAAAAUGAAGGAUUGGUUGCGGUUCAGCGUGGCGUUUUGGCAUACGUUCCGGGGUACUGGAGGAGAUCCCUUUGGUGCACCUACGAAGAACUGGCCUUGGGAGGAUGGCACCAAUUCCUUGGCCAUGGCUAAGAGAAGAAUGAAAGCUCACUUCGAGUUCAUGGAGAAGCUUGGAGUUGAAAGGUGGUGCUUCCAUGACAGGGACAUCGCCCCUGAUGGCAAAACACUCGCGGAAACAAAUGCUAACUUGGAUGAGAUAGUUGAGCUGGCAAAGCAACUCCAGAGUGAGACCAAUAUAAAGCCAUUAUGGGGAACUGCACAACUUUUCAUGCAUCCACGUUACAUGCACGGAGCUGCUACUAGCCCAGAGGUCAAGGUGUAUGCUUAUGCUGCUGCUCAAGUGAAGAAAGCUUUGGAGGUUACUCACUACCUAGGCGGUGAGAACUACGUAUUCUGGGGUGGAAGAGAGGGUUACCAAACUCUUCUCAAUACCGAUAUGAAGAGGGAACUUGAACAUUUGGCUAACUUUCUUCAAGCUGCUGUUAACCACAAGAAGAAGAUCGGCUUUAACGGAACAUUGUUGAUAGAGCCUAAGCCACAAGAACCAACAAAGCAUCAGUAUGACUGGGAUGUUGCAACUACAUUCUCUUUCCUACAGAAGUUUGGUCUUACAGGGGAAUUCAAGAUAAAUGUUGAGUGCAACCAUGCUACUCUCUCUGGACAUAGCUGCCAUCACGAGCUUGAGACUGCACGCAUUAAUGACAUUCUUGGAAACAUUGAUGCAAACACUGGUGAUCCACAAGUUGGUUGGGACACGGAUGAGUUCCUUACAGACAUUUCAGAAGCUACCUUGAUUAUGUCAAGUGUAGUUAAGAAUGAUGGACUUGCGCCUGGUGGCUUCAACUUUGACGCCAAAUUGCGGAGAGAGAGUACUGAUGUUGAGGACCUGUUUAUUGCCCAUAUCUCUGGGAUGGACACCAUGGCCCGCGGCCUCCGCAAUGUUGCCAAGCUGAUUGAGGAUGGUUCCCUGGACGAGCUUGUACGCAAGCGCUACCAGAGCUUUGACACUGAGAUUGGUGCCAUGAUCGAGGCUGGGAAGGGCGACUUUGAAACGCUAGAAAAGAAGGUCUUGGAGUGGGGCGAGCCAACCGUUCCAUCGGGCAAACAGGAACUGGCUGAGAUGCUAUUCCAAUCCGCUCUGUAGAUGGCGGCCCGCGAUUCUAGGAAUAAAAAAGCAAGAGCGCGACCUUGGAACGCCCGGCCGUCCUCGUCACUACAGGCGAUGUUCUAUAGUUAGGCCUCCAUGCAGUGAACCCUGUAAACAAACUGCGUGGAGCUGAAAAUAAUGUAACCUUAUAUCAAAAUUAAACUCGUUCGUCAACACGGAAUUGGGCUGAACUAUGUUCCAGUUU